AUGGAGUGUAACGCCCGCGAACCUGUCACGGGUCCAACUGCCUACCUAGUGGACUUAAUGAAGGCCCUUGAUAGUGUGCGCGUCAAUUCAACCGGGAAAACGGUGCUUCGGACCUUGCUAGACCGCCGCCCUGACUUGGAACGCGUCGGAUUAACGUGUGCCAAAACAGACACAAAAAUGCUGUAUAUCGACCUUGCAAACGAAGUCAUGGAAUCCUUUAUCUCGGUUACCUUGCCCUUACAGACGGCUCAGGAACACUCCAAUAUAGUAGAAGAGAGCUCGGAUGAUAUUCUGGCUCAUGCCCCGCGAUACAUCAACCGAGUGGUCUAUGAAACCAUGUUGGAGAAUCAAGUCUACCCAAUGGAAGUAUUUCCGUACAACUAUGCUGUUGAUUGCUUGCGAAGCUUUGCCACCAGUCAGCGUACAACCCUGGCGGAGAUGCGGCGCAAUUUGAUAUCUCCACAGAGAGUUCUGUCAUAUCAAAUAUCCGGCGCCCAGCAGAGCAAGAUAGCAGAGUCUCAUUUGCGACGCGCGGUCGCUGCCGAGACACUGGGGCUAUCUGAAGAAGAUUUUACAGCUAUCACUGGCGAACAUUUUCAACCGCCACUCUCGGACGACACGCCAGGUACAUCCUCAAUAGACAAAGUCCCUCUGUAUUGGGGGUAUGCCAAUGAAGCUGCCAUGCUGAACCAAACAGAAGGUCACGGCUUGUCCUUUGUUCGCGAGUUCCUUCGGCGAGCUGGGCUGUCCCUCGCCGAGCUCGUUGAUAUCCUCCAAACUCAAUAUGUUGGCGGUCGACUGCUCCUAACCACCGAGGACGAACACUCGCAAUUCAGCAACCGAUCAAAUGACCUUCGCUUGUGCUUCUCUAAGUUGAUGAGCCCCACCGGUGACCUUGAUGUCAAUAUCUGUGAUGAGCUGCAAGCGUUCAUGCGACUCCGGCGUAAGCUCGGCUGGUCGACCACCCUCCUCGAUGCCGCAUGGAGUUGCUUGGCUCACAGUCGACAAACCAGCGUGCGUGGAAUCCCUGCCGAAUGGAUCGAGCAACUAGCCGCAAUGAAGCGCCUGACCUGUCUGAGUGGCAUCGAAUUAUAUCGUAUACUGCCCCUCUGGGCAGAUAUGGAUACCAAUGGAGACCAGUCCCUGUAUGCCCAGCUAUUCAUCAGUGGAAAGCCGUAUUUGAUGCAGUCACUCCUAGCUUUGAAGGAUAAGCAGGGAAGAUACCUCUUCCUGACUGUAGAGCAUACGCUCUCCAAAGUUUCCACGGAGUUGACAGCUGCUUUGAGAAUAACGCCGAGUCAGCUUGCUUCGAUUGUCAAAAGCGCUUGCUUGAGCUUCGAGUCCCCCCUCACAUCCUCUAACUUGAAUGCUGUCUAUCGAGUUGCAAUUUUCUGUGAGGCAUUCUCCAUAGCAUGUGAGGACUACGAGGCAUAUUGCUCCAUAUUUGGCGAUAGCCACUUAAUCCUUGAGUCGCCCAUACACACCCUAGCACUAUUCCAGCAAUGGCGUGACUGGACAGACAACGGCUGGACGCUGCCGCAUUUAGCAACAGUCCUACAUGGUGCAGUUGAGAUUGUGAAUGGCGCGUUGACUGCUACAAUCACGUCAUUUUUACAAUUCGUGGCCGCUGAUGUGGGCAUUUCUGCGGAAUACCAGAUUCGAGUUUUCGAUCGAAUCAAGUCGGAUUUCCCGGGUAUCGAUGCCUCCAUACUCAAAGCCAUAACCACGGAAACCAUCGACUCCUCUCCCAACUUUCAGCAGGAACCGUGGUCCAUCAUGGAUAGCCUGACCGAGUGCAUCCAAGACGAAGCAUGUGACGCCCAAGCAAAUCCUACAGGAUACUUUUCGCCUCCAACCGAUGAUCUGUAUAAAUUUCAUAUAUUGAGUGAGAAUCCAGAAGUUUAUAUAAUGCUCGAUGGUGUCGCGUUGCCCCUACAACCAGACCCUCUUCAUGAGAAGCAGCGGGUGUCGAGUGUUGUUCGCCUGCUCAAUGGUCAGUCGUACCGUAUUCAGAGCACAAGUAUCACAUUUGCUGAAUUAAAUUGGUCCAUAUCAACGACACUGCCUAUGCCUUUUUCCUCUCGAGCCUUUGUGAGCGAUAAGUUCAUGUCAAACCUGCAAAGGAUCUAUCAGAAUCUGCACCGCUUGCAAACUCUCCUCGAACUCAUUCCACUUGACCUCGAAGAAUUGGAGUUCUUCCUUGGCAGUCUCAAUCUCGCCGGGCUCGACCUGAAUGCGCUGUCACGCUUGUUAUACUAUCACCAACUACGACAAGGACCUAGCACAUCCAGCCUGUCAUUACUUAAAUAUUUGAAUCAACCUGAACGGGAAAAAGACAUAGCUUCUGUCCUUGGAGAUGGUCUGGGCAUAAACUCUGGCAUCAUCUCCGAAGCGAUUCUGGCCAAAUAUCCAUCUGUCUCCGAAGAAGCGCUGCGUGAGUUGGUCCGUCACCCACGGGUCCUUCUUACUUUGCGCCAGAAUAUUGACUAUUUAAAACGCAUCCGGCCGCCUGGAGCCCCUACACAACUGUUAUUUGACUGGGCGUUCUGUUCAUCCCGUCCCAAGCAGUUCCAGGUGGCAGAUCAACUGCGAAUACUGUUCGUGGCAUCGAAUGAGACUACCGGCACGGGGAUUCCUUCGCUGGCUCAGGCCGAAGAUACGCUACGUCAGCAUCGGCGUGAAGCUCUGAUUUCCUACCUCCUACAGCAGUCCACGAUGCGAACGCAAAAUAUAAUCGAUUCCGACUCGCUAUUUGAGCACUUCCUGAUCGAUAUCAACAUUGACUCAAUGCGGAAGACUUCACGGAUUCAGAACGCCAUCGCUACAAUCCAGCUUUACGUAGAGCGGUGUUUGUUGGGAAUGGAGGCUAACCACGGCAUUGGGCGAUUAGAAGUGAAAGAAUUGCGCAAGCUCUGGACUCCAUUGCAGAAGUACACAUUGUGA